GACGACUUACCAUCUCAACAUUACAAUGGCACUAUUGUAAUGUUGAGAUGGUAAGUCGUACCUAUUGACCCUAAAGCAUAUUUUUGUUUAAAUAAAUUCACUUAUAUGGCUGCAACUAUUUUAAGUCGCUAUAGUACUAUUAACACCUCUAGGGUUAAAUAUUAUAUAUAGGUACACCUAUAGUUAUUUCAUUUAUAUAAAUCGGCGUUACAACAAGAAAAGUUCAUUUUAAAUUUAGCAGUCACACAAAUAAGAUGUUUUUCUUGAUUGCAUAUAGUUUCAUUACAACAAUAUUUGUUGGAAUUUUGAUUGUUGGUUUAUACCAGAAGAACUCAAACGCGAUAUGCAAAUCGAAAAGAAGACUUGACGGAAAGACUGCUAUUGUGACCGGAGGGACAAGUGGAAUGGGACUCGAAAUAGCAAUAGACUUUGCACUAAGAGGAGCAAGAGUAAUCGUGGCGUGCCCUUUCCAAGAUGAGGGUGAAACUGGAAAGGAGACAAUAAUUAAACGUUCUGGUAAUGAAAAUGUUAUUUUUGAACAUUUAGACUUAGCGUCAUUUGCAUCAGUGAGGAAAUUUGCUGAAACUAUUAUGAAAAAGGAAAAUAGGUUAGAUAUACUAGUGAACAACGCAGGUGUCAAUGCAGCAACUGAACGACUGACCGAAGAUGGAUUUAAUUUUAUAUAUCAAGUAAAUUAUUUUGGAACGGUUUUACUAACCCUAUUACUUUUACCCCUUCUGAAAAGAAACGGAAAGCCGGACGAGCCGAGUAGGAUAGUCAAUACGUCAUCCAUCAGUCACAAACUAGGAAAAGUUGACUUCGAAAGUUGGAAAAAGACUAAUCAUCAUUUUAAAUGUUAUCCUAAUAGUAAAUUGUGUAUUGCAAUGUUCUCACGAGAGUUGGCCAAGAGAAAUGAAUACUUAAACGUUACUGUGAAUGUCAUAGAUCCUGGUAUCGUUGGCACGCGUAUCUACAGGACUGCCACUGAUGCAUUUUUAGGACCGAUCGCAGUAUUUUUAGCCACGUUUUGUUCCAAGACCCCAUGGGAAGGAGCACAAACAGCGAUUCAUGUCGCUGUUUGUGAAAACGCUCGUAAAGAAAACGGUAAAUAUUUUGCUAACUGCAAAGUGUCGCCGAAAAUACCAUUGAAGGAGUUUUAUGAUGAUAAUCUCAACGAAGUUCUCUGGGACAAGACUGUGGAAGUCAUAGGAUGGAAUAAGUAACUCUUCAAAUAAGUUUUUGGUGCGUUUUAUGCCAUGCCGUGCUUUACUGUAUAAAGAUAAUGUAUAAGAAAGACAAAUCUGAUAUAUGCCGGCAAAUUAAAUUUAACAUUGUCCAACCUAUUAUUGACUUCUUGUCUACCAGGUCCGAAAUAUGGAUUAUUGAAUCGUCUAUUAAAUCCCCUGCUAUUCUCCUAUUACUGAAUUUUGCAACUUAAGAAUUUGUUUUAUAUGUUAGUUUAAAUUAUUUCUGCGUAACUAAUGUUAUCCUAACGUCAAGUUGAAAAGUUUAAAUUAAUUGUUACAUUGACUUAAUUAAAUUAAUAGCUUUGUACGUGAACGUUUUUAUAAUUUCAUGUAGGUCGCUACUGGCCAGAAACAUUUUGAUUUGAGAGUUUAUGUCCGCGACGCAUGCGCAUUGUUUAGUAAGUUGAUUGUGCCUAACGCAUAUAUUAUAAUGCUCGCCAUAGCUAACAUUUUUAUCGAACCUAAAAAAAUGUGUGUAUAUAUCAUGUUAUUUACGUUCUGCACUGUAAUUAAAAUAUUGAGGAUCGUUAGAUUUUUUUUUAUUAUAUACAGCCUUGGCCAAAAGUCUUAGGCACCCCCAACUUUUAUUAAUAUAAUGAAGUAAAACAACUUUUAUUGUC